UUUUUACACUCGUUGCUAGGAUACGGUGUAGUCUCCACCAGACAAAGAGUUUCAUCAAGUAUCAAAAUUUUCAUAAAUGAAAAGUAUAUUAGCAUUUCUCAUAAUUUUGUAAAAUAUAAUUUAUACCGUCAUUCAUAAUGGCUUGCAAUGGCAGUAAUGGUAAAGGAUUACAAUCAGUUAGUUCUUAAAUGCAAGACGCUUACAAAUGACAACGAAUGCCUAACUCGAAAAUUGGCACAGCGUGGAAUACUUGUCUACUCUGCACGAAAAAGUUUUCCACCUAAACGUAAUAAACCUGGGUUCAUAAAACGGAUUUGGAACUCUAUAUUUCGUUGGAAGAAAGAUAAAAGCAAUUGCAAUAUUAUGGAUUCGCCUUCCACUACGACAAAUGAUAGGUCAACGGAGACUCAAGAGUUGCUGGACAAUGAGCAAAAUUGGAACAUUUUUGAUGUACUUCGGCUGGAAGAACUCACGCAUCACAGGCCGUUGGUCUCAUUGGGGAUGAAAUUAUUCGUCAAAUUUGAUGUUGGUGAACAGCUCCAAGCAGAUCAAACCACUUUCAGAAGCUGGCUUACCCUGAUUGAAGCUAAUUAUCACGAAGAAAAUCCAUACCAUAAUUCUACCCACGCCACGGAUGUUAUGCACGCCACUGCUUAUUUCUUGUCUACUGAAACGCUUCAGUCAUCAUUCAAACCAUUGGACAAAGUAAUUUGUCUCCUGGCUGCUGCCGUGCAUGAUGUGGAUCAUCCCGGAAGGACAAAUCCAUUCUUGAUCAACUCUGAAAGUGACAUGGCUAUACUGUACAAUGACGUUUCCGUCCUGGAGUCUCAUCAUGCCUCGUUUGCCUUCAGAUUGACACGUAGCGAUCCCAAAGUCGACAUUUUUGCCAAUCUUGACCGUGACAGCUACAAAUUUGUUCGACAGAGCCUGAUUGACAUGGUUCUGGCCACCGAUAUGGCGAAGCAUUUUGACCACUUGGCAAAAUUUAACGAAGUUUUUCAAAAAGUACUGGUCAAACAUGGGGGUGGGAUGAGUGCACUCUCCUCGACCACAACUCGUCAUCGUAACCACCCAACUUCUUCUUCCGUGUCCAUCCCACAUCAAUCGACUUUAAUAACUCCUGAAAAUAUUAGUCUCGUCAAGAGGAUUAUGAUCAAAUGUGCCGACGUCAGCAACCCCACUCGACCACUGAAGCAGAGUGUGGAAUGGUCAAGACGAAUUGCAGAAGAAUAUUUUCGACAAACGGAGGAAGAGACGGAAAGGGGACUUCCGAUUGUGCUGCCAAUGUUCGACAGAAAAACAUGCUCCAUCGCCAAGUCACAAAUCGGAUUUAUUGACUUCUUCGUGCGAGGAAUGUACCAUUCCUGGAGCGCCUUUUUAGACAUACCAGAAUUAAUGGAGAAUAUGAAGUACAAUUAUAAUUACUGGAAAUACUUGGAUAAGGAGGAAAUUAAGGAAGCAGUAUUUCUAGAUUCAUAUACUGAAGGAAAGUCUACGCAUUCUACUUCGAGAAACACUCUUGUAAAUAGCAAAAGCUUGUCAAAUUAAAUUGUAAUGUUGACAAAUAAACUAAAGUAUUUUGUCUAAAUA